AUCGAUUCCAUCAUCUACGACAGGAAUUCGACUAUUUAUGCCUGUAUAAGAUUUCGCGCGAAAUUGACGACAAUUUCUGGCGCGGUUGUGUUUGUGUCUAUGACUGGAAAGCGAGAAGCUGAAACACAUUUUAUUGAUUUCUGAUAAUAACAGUUUAUCACAAUGGGAAUUCAUGGACUUGCCAAGCUCAUUGCAGAUCACGCGCCUUCAGCUAUCAAGGAACAAGACAUUAAAAACUACUUUGGAAGGAAAAUUGCUAUUGAUGCGUCCAUGUGCAUCUACCAGUUUUUAAUCGCGGUUAGACAGGACGGUAAUGUGUUGCAAAAUGAAGAUGGAGAGACUACUAGCCACCUCAUGGGCAUGUUCUACAGGACCAUCCGAAUGCUGGAGAGCGGCAUCAAGCCGGUUUAUGUGUUUGAUGGGAAGCCACCUCAGCUGAAGUCAGGAGAGCUGGAAAAGAGAGGUGAGAGACGAGCAGAGGCUGAGAAACUUCUAGCUCAGGCGCAAGAAGCAGGUGAACAGGAGAACAUUGACAAGUUCAGUAAGCGACUAGUAAAGGUUACCAAACAACACAACGAGGAAUGCAAGAAGUUACUUACUCUAAUGGGAGUCCCUUACGUUGAGGCUCCAUGUGAGGCUGAGGCGAGCUGUGCUGCUCUGGUGAAAUCAGGGAAGGUUUAUGCCACAGCGACAGAAGAUAUGGACGGUCUGACAUUUGGAACAACGGUCCUGUUGAGGCAUCUAACAGCCAGUGAAGCAAAAAAACUCCCAAUCCAAGAAUUUCAUUUCAGUCGUAUUCUACAGGAAAUGGGUCUGACACAUCAACAGUUUAUUGACCUGUGUAUCCUUCUUGGCUGUGACUACUGUGGCACUAUAAAAGGAAUCGGACCCAAGAGGGCCAUUGACCUCAUUAAACAACACAGCUCUAUUGAAGAGAUCCUUGAGAACAUUGACCAAAAUAAGCACCCAGCUCCUGAGGACUGGCUGUAUAAAGAGGCUCGGAGUCUCUUCUUGGAGCCUGAGGUCAUUGAGGGCACCUCUGUUGAUCUGAAGUGGAAUGAACCUGACGAGGAUGGACUGAUUCAGUUCAUGUGUGCUGAGAAACAGUUUAGUGAGGAUCGUAUCCGUAACGGCUGUAAGAAGAUCAUGAAGAGUAGACAAGGGAGCACCCAGGGAAGACUGGACACAUUCUUUACUGUAACAGGAUCGAUUUCCUCUAAGCGUAAGGAGCCUGAAAUAAAGGGAUCUGCUAAAAAGAAGCAGAAGACGAGUGCUACGCCAGGCAAGUUCAAGAAGGGCAAAUGAAAGCGAUUUCUAGAGGAGUUCAGAGCUUGUGUCAUUAUGUCAAACGCAUUGUAUUAAGGAACAAAACAUGAGAACAGUUGCUUUCGUUAUUUUAAUAAACAUGGGGAGAAAAAUGUUUUAAAUGCCCUAUUUUCUGUUUCUAUAUUAUCUUGAAUAAAGAUAAAUAUUUAAUCA